CUGACUCGACAGUUGGUUAUGAAAUCUGAACGUGUUCGCACGUGCCGCACGGAUCUCGCAGCAGCUAAAGCCAUCAACUCAACUCAGUUCCACUCCAAUCAGUACUUCAGUCGCAUCGUAUCAUCAGCCCAGACUCUGACUCUGACCGCAGGAACAGAAACAGAAAUCGAAAUCGAAACAUCGUGAAAGUGAAAGUGAAUAGGAUUUGAUUUGUGAGAAAGCAAAGGAAAAAAAACUGAACAAAACAGGAAAAAUAAACAUGAAAAUAUAACUAAAAAAAAAGAAAGUAAAAUCAAAAGUGAAAAUCAGAGAUUGGAAACAUUUUCAGGCCAAGACUUUGUGUUCGCGCUUCGUCCUUAGUUAGCCAUCCCUCAUGAACUUUAACCAACUCAAUCAACAAGCUGCUCAACUACGGUUGCCACACGAUAUAUGCAUAUAUCCUUCAAUCUGAUCUGAUCAUCAAAGUUAUAUAUUUUCUAGUUACAAGUUCCAAAAAGUAUCCGUCGGCGUUAACAGUUUUCUUUGUGUUCCAAAUUUGUUUUUUUUUGUAAUUUUUUUUAAUGUUCUAACAAGAAAAAACCAAAAAAAGAAAAUUUAAAAGAAAAACCAAAAGAAAAAAAAUAAAUAUAUAGUUAAGUGUAAAAAAAAAAGCCAAAAGAAAAAUACAGCAGAAAAGUGUUUUGGAAAACUGCAAAAGGCGAAAACUGAACCUGAACUUCGACUGAAUUUAAGUACCAAAUACCAAAGCUAGAGGGCGCAAUACAGACCGAAGAACACUUUGGCAUUACGUACUUACGAGUGGAGUUCAGGAGUUCAGGAGUUCAGGAGUUCAGGAGUUCAGGAGUUCAGGAGUUCAUCACUUCAGGAGAUUCCACAGAGAUUGGACACCACUUGGACCCGCCACUGCGAUUGCUAAAGAAAACAUGCCGCUGACGUUGCAGCAGGAGUUGCAGCUCGUCAUCGCUGGCACGCCCCCGCCCCACUAGAGGUUGAGCCCAUUCGAUUGGCGGCGGGGAAAUCAACAGCGGAAAUCAUCAACGGCAGCAGCAACAUCAGCAGCAGGAACAUCCUUGCAAUGGCAGCCGCCCAGCCAUUGACCAGCACAGCGGCAACAUCUGCGGCAACAGGAGGGGCAACUGUAGGAGCAACUGUAGGAGCAACUGUAGCAACAUCGGCGACCUUCACAACAACAACAACAUCCGCUAUUUCCACAUCGACAACAACGGCAGCCACAUCCGCGGGAGCCACGUGGAUGCAACAUGGCACCACCAUACCGGCGAACGGCAGCGAUGCUCAGGCGGGCGUUGAUGGCCCCACAAUGCCGGCCGGCUAUUUGCCGCUCUACGAUGAUGUGGAAACGGCGGCUGAGGACGCUGGCUAUGCGCUGAUCGAUGACAUCAGCGAAUGGCUGUUGGGAUCAGUGGGUGGUGAUGGUGGCUCGGAGAACAGUACAACCUUGGCGGUAACGAGUGGCGGCAGUGGCGCCAACGAGACACUGGGCUGGCUGGAGGCACUUAACAGCACGCUGCCAAGUCGAAGUAACUCAAGUUCCGAGGAUGGUCAGGGAACGGAGCGGGGUGGACGGUAUUCGCUGCGCAGCUUUGUGGAGCAACAGCUGAACGGAGGUGGGGCAGCGGGUGCAGCCGGUGGUGGUGGCGGCGAUGCUGGCAUCGCUCUCAUCGACAGCGGUGAGGAGGCGGCUCUGGACAAUGUGGCAGAUGCGGAAACUGAUUACGGAAUCUUAGGCGGCUUCGGUGAUGCGGAACUCCUUCAGCGGACAGCAACGGCGGCAAGGGAAACGCUCAGUAAUCGAACGGCGCCGGGCACAACCAGCUACGAUGGCGGUGGCUCUGGUAGCGUAGCUGGCGGUGGAGUAGCUGGAGGAGUAGGAGGAGGAGGAGGUGGAGGAGGAUCAGGGGGCAGCACCUUUAUGCUGCUGCUCGAAAACUUUAACGAUUAUUUUCCCAACUAUAAUGGGAGCACGGUUUCGGGAACAACAACCAUAGCGCCGGGAGUGGCCAUAUCGGGGAGCAGGGUCGUCGGCGGUGGCGGCGGUCUGCUGCUCGAGCAGAAUCUAACGGGACUGUAUCUCGAUAACUAUCGGCUCAACUGUACCAAUGAGACGCUCAACCUGACCGAUCCCUGUGCCGAGCUGAGAGUUGUGGACCACAAUUACUGGGCGCUCAUCCUGAUACUGUUCCCCAUCCUCACACUCUUCGGCAACAUUCUGGUCAUCCUGUCCGUGUGCCGCGAACGCUCCCUGCAAACGGUCACGAAUUAUUUUAUAGUCUCGUUGGCCAUUGCCGAUCUACUGGUUGCCGUGGUCGUGAUGCCAUUUGCUGUCUAUUUUCUGGUAAAUGGAGUAUGGGCCCUGCCUGACGUUGUUUGUGAUUUCUAUAUAGCCAUGGAUGUGAUAUGCUCUACUUCAUCGAUAUUUAACUUAGUUGCCAUCUCCAUAGACAGAUACAUCGCUGUGACACAGCCAAUAAAGUACGCCAAGCACAAAAAUAGCCGCCGCGUUUGCCUUACGAUACUGUUGGUUUGGGCCAUAUCGGCUGCCAUCGGUUCACCGAUAGUUUUGGGCCUUAACAACACGCCAAAUCGCGAGCCCGACGUAUGCGCCUUCUACAAUGCCGACUUUAUACUCUACUCCUCGCUGAGCAGCUUCUAUAUACCCUGCAUUAUCAUGGUGUUUCUCUACUGGAACAUUUUCAAGGCACUGAGAAGUCGAGCGCGGAAACAGCGGGCGGCCCGCAAGCCUCAUCUAUCGGAACUGACGGGCGGCAGCGUCAUCGAGAACAUUGCCCAGACCCGCCGGCUGGCGGAGACAGCCUUGGAUAGUAGUCGGCAUGCCAGCCGGAUAAUGCCAGACGAGGCGGCCACCAAUACGGCCAGCGGUUCCAAUGAGGAGGAGGAUGAGAAUGCCAUUUCGCCGGACAUCGACGACUGUCAUGUCAUCGUGAACGACAAGUCCACCGAGUUCAUGCUGGCCACCGUUGUCGAGGAGACGGGCAACAGCGUUGUGGCACAAAUCAGCACACAGCCGCAGCUGGUCGUUGCCGAUCCGAAUGGUAAUCAUGAUUCUGGUUAUGCAGCCUCAAACGUUGACGAUGUCCUUGCAGGCGUGGCGCCCGCCUCCGCCUCUGCUGCCACAUCCGGAGCACCGCGAAGCAGCGGCUCGCCACCGGACAGUCCGCUGCCCAGUGGCGCCACCCUACAGCGGUCCAGCGUUAGCAGCCAGCGGCGCAAUACCGCUGAUGACUCGCCGAAGCGCGGUGAGCCGACUCUCAGGUCAGUCGGUGUCGAUAACUCCAGCGUCGCCAUGAAGCCAUUGUCCUUUGUCCGUUACGGGGUGCAGGAGGCCAUGACUUUGGCACGCAACGACUCAACGCUAUCGACUACAUCGAAAACGUCCUCGCGCAAGGAUAAGAAGAACUCGCAGGCGUCAAGAUUCACGAUAUACAAGGUGCACAAGGCCUCGAAAAAGAAACGCGAAAAAUCGUCGGCCAAAAAGGAACGCAAGGCCACCAAGACAUUGGCCAUUGUUUUGGGUGUCUUCCUGUUCUGCUGGCUGCCGUUCUUCAGCUGCAACAUCAUGGACGCCAUGUGCGCCAAGUUCAAGAAAGACUGCCGACCGGGUCUGACGGCCUACAUGAUGACCACCUGGCUGGGCUAUAUUAAUAGCUUCGUGAAUCCGGUUAUCUAUACGAUAUUCAAUCCAGAGUUUCGUAAGGCCUUCAAGAAGAUCAUGCACAUGGGGUGAUUAAAAACGCUGACUAACAGCAGACUAACAGCAAUACUAAACCAAAUGUGGGGCAAAAAGGAGUCAAUGUUGUGUACUUUGUGGCAGGUUUAUGAUAUUAUGAUAUUAAAGAUCAAGGGGCAACAAGUGUGCCAAAGGGAAGUCAUCAAUGCACGAGGAGAGAUCUCAACAAGCAGAAGAGUGCAUGGGUUUGGAGUAAUGGGUUUUGCAAUAGCUUUAAGUUGGAGCUACUUAUGUAAAUAGAUCUGUAUAUAUAGUAUAUAUAUACUUCUACUCUAUGACGUGGUGGGUGGCACAUUACGAGCUGUAGCUGUAGGCUAGGUACAAUUUUUAACAAUUAUUUUAAGCUAAAAACCGUAACUAGCGAUAUAAUCAAGACACGCGAUUCAAAUUCCAAACUAGCCAUAAGUUAGGGAUACUCUCGCGACUCGCUUUAACAGAAAAAUGAAUGUAGUGUUCUCUUUGUAGAGGCUGCUAAACCGAAAAAAUAAAUAAAAACAAAAACCUAUCACAUAUCAGCAUAUGCAGCAAGCUAUUUCCCACCCACAAAAAAAAACAGCACACCGUUACCCACCACCCGCCCCCUGUUUCUGAUUUACCUCCCGCCCCCCACACUGAUUAUGAUUAGAUAAGCGAAUAUAUUUAUAUAUAAAUGAAAUUCAUAUCCUUAAAGGCAGACAGGCGACUGGCAGCUAAACUUUCUAGUGCUGGCAAUUGUUUUAUAUCGAUAUAUUUAUCGAUAACUAGAGUUAGUUAGUCAAAUCAGCAAAUGUUAGGUUAGCUAGCGGGCCUCAGGGUCAGCGCCUCUUUCAUCACAGACACACAUUACAUACGAAUGUUCCAAGUUAGUUGGCAGACAGAGCGAUGGAUUACCGAUAAAUGGUCUAGAGGGGGUAGUAGUUAACCAUGGCCCAAACCAUUGGAGAUGUAUUUGUACAACUUGACAGAGUGACGCACACACACACACACACACGAGCAGACACCAUAAAUCAAAUGAGCCCCACAAAUUAAUACAAUAUCGAGGGGCGCUGACCCCGAUGCUAAUCCCGCUUAAAGGUCACAUUCCGUUCAAAGUUUCAGUUCAAUAAGAUAUAUACACAUAGAGAGAUAUAUAGAGAGAUAUAAAGAGAUAUAUAUAAAGAUAUAUAAAGACAUAUAUAUAUAUAUAUAAAGAGAUGGGAGAUAUAUAAGAGCAUUUAAGAACCAGAGGUCGUAACUAGGCUAGUCACUUAAUCUAGAUCUAGAACAGGCGAAUAUAUUCAUUACCUUUAGGUAUAUCAGAUAGUACCAAUGGGGGGGGGGGAUAACUUAGCAAUAUAUAUAUAUCUAUUAACAUAAGAUUGCGAGGUAGAGGGAGCCAGGAUGCAUAGCAAUGAAUGGGGGAGGGAAGAGGGUAUCAGGGUAUCUAGAGCAAAGGCUAUCGCAUUGCUAGAAGCAAUAUGACGGGGUCAAAGGGGCUCCGAUUAAUGGGGGGCUAACAUAGCAGAUAAUACUCAUCGGUGUAAGCCUACAUACUCGUACUACUACUUGUAUAGUGAAAUAUCAAAACUGAGUUUUGAAACACGGACCAAAAUCUUUGGCCUGCCGACUUUACCUAGGACUUUGGAUCCCCCAACAGUGUGGCUUGGCCCCUUGUGAUCUCAGUCAGUCAGGUUAUCGAUAUCUCGGCAGGGAUGAAGGCCUUUGGUCCCUGAUUUCAAUAGCCGUCCUCUUAACUGUUUCUAUGUGACAAAUAAUUGAUAGGUAUAAUCACUUCUACAUGUGUAGUAGUUUAUAAAACAAUUCCAAAAUUAUGAUUAUGAUAAUGAUAAUAGCCCUAAGCUCGGAAUUUGUGUACUUUAGCUGUAAGCACCGCCUCCCCUGUGUGACCCCCCUCAAAGCUCACAUUACCAUGGAAACUAUUUUCCAUUAGGCAAGCUCAAAAGUUUUUAUACUUUCCUAAAAACUAAAAUACAUAAAAUAUACUAUAUA